AUGGCAUCUCCUUCCUACACGCGAAAGCUCCUCGGAGAGUCUUCACGGAGCCUGUUUGCAGCACGGCGUUCGAUAUGUUGGAACUGCCAACAGCCCGUCAGAUCUCUCGCCAACCAGAGACGAAAGAUUAGCAGUUACGGCUACACCCAAGCUAAAGCCCUUGUAUAUUCCAAGUAUGGAGAGCCUCAAGAUGUCCUAUCACUACAUGGUCACUCUAUUUCACCCGCAUCUGGGACGAACGUCGUCCUCCGAAUGCUCGUCGCCCCGAUCAACCCUGCCGACGUCAAUCAGAUCCAGGGUGUGUAUCCUGCGAAACCAGAGAUGACAACAGCUCUCGGUACCUCAGAACUCUCGGCGGUGGGUGGGAAUGAAGGUGCGGCGGAGGUCAUCAGUGUCGGUUCUGGGGUGAAAUCCCUCGAGAAAGGAGAUUGGGUUAUUAUGAAGACUACCAGUAUGGGCACCUGGCGGACACACAUGGCGAUAGACGAGAGCAAAUUGAUCAAAAUUGACAACAAGGAGGGACUGUCCCCCCUCCAGGUCGGGACCGUCUCCGUCAACCCCUGCACGGCAUACCGCAUGCUCCUUGACUCGGCAAAAUGGAGUUUCCGCGGAGACGAGUGGUUCAUCCAAAACGGGGCCAACAGCGGCGUGGGAAGAGCCGCCAUACAGCUGGGGCGGGAGUGGGGAUUCAAGAGCAUCAAUGUAAUCCGGGGUCGGGAGAAUAAGGAGGAGGAACAGAAACUUCGCCAAGAGCUGCUUGAUAUUGGAGCCACCAAAGUCAUCACCGAAGAAGAACUACAAGGUCGCGAGAUCCGAGACCAGAUCAAAGAGUGGACAAAUGGAGGACGAGAGCAAAUCAAAGUUGGCCUCAACUGCGUGGGUGGGAAGCCCGCCACGGCCCUUGCCAAAUUCCUCAGCCCCGGAGCGACCAUGGUGACAUAUGGAGCAAUGAGCAAACAACCUCUCAUGUUACCUGCAUCGCUCCUGAUCUUCAAGGAGAUCUCCUUCAAUGGGUUCUGGGUGAGCAAGUGGAGUGACCGGCACCCUGACCAGAAGAAACAGACGGUGGACGACGUCCUUCGCCUCACCAGAGAAGGGCGAUUCAAAGAUAUACCGGUGCAGGAGUGCAGAUGGGGAUGGAACACUGAACUUGACCUUUUGAAGCAAGCGGUCCAAGGCACCCUCGGGGGCUUCCGGCCGGGUAAGGGCGUUUUUGUGUUUGAAGAGACGUGA